CAUCGUUAUCAAUCACAUUGUGAUAUUAAGAAGGUUGUCUGGACAAAACUUUGAAGCCUGCUUCAAAUCGGAUCUUACCUGCCACCCCUGUUUCUCCGUGCCAAUACCUAUCGCUCAUCCCGGCAUCAUGAGGCAGACACACCUUCUAUCAUCGCUACUAUUCGCCCUUUGUGGCAGUGUGGGCGUGACUGCUCAGGAUGCGCCUACGUACCGCGACGAGCUGCUGUCAUUCCAUCAGUCCAUUGUCGAAAUCUCCUCCAUAUCCGGACAGGAAACUGAAGCCGGGGAUUAUCUGAUCGAUUAUUUCACUGAAAAGGGUUUCAGUACGGAGCGACAAUUCCUGCCCAACUCUACGACGAGGUUCAACGUCCUUGCUUGGCCGCCACGCACUACCAAUAGCUCUCGCAUCAUCCUUACUACGCACUACGAUGUAGUCCCACCGUUCUUUGGCUACUCGCGAUCCGGACCUGACCCUCCCACUGCCGAAACAGUGAUCUCUGGCCGUGGUACUUCAGAUGCCAAGGGUUCCAUAGCUGCGCAGUCGAUGGCGCUCUUCGACCUUCUCGAAGCUGGUACCGUCACUGGCGACGAUGUCAUGCUUGUUUUCGUUGUCGGCGAGGAAGUGAGCGGCGAUGGUAUGAUCCAUUAUUCCAAUACCGUCGCAGCGCAAAACUCUCGUCCUGAUGUGGCCAUCUUUGGCGAACCCACCAAUAGCACUCUUGCCUGUGGCCACAAAGGAGGCUUAGCAUGCACUGUUUUCGCACAGGGACUUGCAGGGCACUCCGGCUACCCAAGCAGUGGAAAGUCUGCCAAUGAGAUUUUGAUGCGCGCUCUAGUCAAAGCUAUUGACGCUGAUCUCGGAAACGACGAACGUUAUGGCAACACCACUGUCAACGUUGGUGUGAUGGCUGGCGGACUUGCCCCCAAUAUUAUUCCCGCUAACGCAAAUGCAUCACUUGCUGUUCGCGUCGCUGUGGGUCCUGAAGCGUCCGGUCACCUUAUCGUCAAGGAACGCCUGGAAGCUGUCAUGGCUGAGGUGGAUCCUGAUGCUUUCACCUUCGAAUGCCCAUUUGGUUUCGGAGCUGUUGAAAUUGAUUGCGACGUCGAUGGCUUUGAGACAGAUGUCAUGGCAUACGGCACUGACAUUCCGAGACUGAUUGGCAACCAUACUAAGUAUCUGUAUGGUCCUGGCGAUAUUCUCAAGGCACACACUGCGGAUGAAUCCAUCACGUUAGGUGAACUCGAGAGUGCAGUCGAAGGCUACAAGAAGCUCAUCCUUCAUGCGGUUGAGGGUAACAGCACCAGAAAAUACAAGAACUGA